AUGUUCUUUACGGUGUCUCGAGUGGACCCUAGGAUGACAGUGCUGCUGGCCACUCUUCUGUUACUGAUCUUCUUGCAAAGGCCGGCUGUGUCCCACCUCAUGAUGGAUAUGGCUCUGAAUUCCUUUGAUGACCAGUAUCUGGGGUGCAGAGAGCAGGUGAUGGAAGAACUGGAGCGAGGAGACUAUUUCCAAAAGGAAAUAGCUGCUAACAAGGACUACUUGAGUCUCUGGAAGGAGGCUCAGAAGGCUUUCUUAAAGAGCUCUGUAGGUCUCCUGAGGGAGAUGCAUGAGAGUCAUGCCAUAGUCCUCAUGGCUUACACCAUGAACUCUUCCCUGCACUCACAACUGAACUGGGCCACAUCUACAGCAGGAAGCUCUCCAGAGCACUAUAGACACAACUUCACUUUCAAAUAUUUUCACUUUUACCUAACAACUGCUAUCCAGAUAAUGAAGGAAUGGCAGAACAGCAAGGAGAACAUGGGAAAACGUAAGUGCUACCAAGUGCACAGGGGGAUCAAAGACUUAUAUAUAGAGGCCACAGUAGGCAGCAGGGUGCGAUUUGGCCGUUUCACCUCUACCUCUCGCCACCGGAACGAAGCCCAGAGGUUUGGGAAUGAAACUCUUUUCACAGUGACCACUUGCCUGGGUGCAGCUGUUCAAGGCUUUUCUUAUUACACGUCUGAGAAGGAAGUCCUCAUUCCCCCUUAUGAGAUAUUCCUUGUAAAAAGCUUCUUUCAGACACAGCAUGGUAACCGUCUGCAUCUGCAUUCUGUGGGGAACUACAGCAAGUACCACUGCCAGCUCAUGGAAGCUUCAAGAAACAAGACUGGUGGUUCCACUGCCCUUGCCUCUGCCAUUCUUCUCAGUGUAGUUGGAGUUUUCCUGUGUUUGGCCUUUGAUGACUGA